AUGAAAUUUAUCCUACUGUCAAUUAGCAAUAGUCGUCCGCCGCGGAAGAAGAGGCAAGCUAUACAGCUUACUCGCAAAACUAGUGGAUCUGUGCUUGCAACAGCAAUCACAGUGAAACAAAAUAUAGCAAUGAUAAAAGCAAUACUUAUUAUAAAUAAUCAUGGUAAAGCCAGAUUAACAAAGUUUUAUGAACAUGUUAGUGUAGAGAAACAACAACAGAUAAUUAGAGAUCUAUUCUUAUUGGUAUCAAAGAGAUCGGAUCGUGCAUGCAAUUUCUUAGAGGUUGAAGAUAUUUUCGAUAAAGACACAAAGAUCAUCUAUAGACAUUAUGCUACACUUUAUUUUAUAUUCGUUGUCGAUUCAUCAGAGAGUGAAUUAUCUAUGAUCGAUCUUAUUCAAACCUUUGUAGAGACUCUUGAUAAAUGUUUUGAAAAUGUUUGUGAAUUACAUUUGAUUUUCCAUAUUGAUAAGGUUCAUUAUAUAUUAGAUGAAAUAGUAAUGGGUGGAUUGGUGUUGGAAACCAAUCCAAAUAUUGUUGUAUCAAAUUAUGAAACUCAAAAUAAGAUAGAGAAAUCAGAGAAUCCAUUGUUGGCUGGAUUCCAGGGUACUAAAAUGACAGGAUCAUGGGUAUUUUUUGCUAUGGGUGCAAUAGUUGCAAAGGCUGUACCUGCUAUCACUUUUAUUGAAGGUGGUUGGAGAUAUAUGGGUGGUGCUUCAAUUGUAUUUCAUGGUAUAAAAACAUAUGUCUUUGGAAAGUUGAUUAGAACCAUUGAAUACCCCGAUGGUGAGAUGGUAUCAAUCAUUGUUAGAACUAAUAAUAUAAAUAGAUUAAAGAAUGAAAUUUUAAAACAUCAACCAGCACUAUUUCCAGGAGUUCAAAUGGAUUCUUCAGAUGUAAAGUUUAUUUCGAGGUGGACACCACCACAUUUCACAGAACCCUGUUCAAAGAAUCGUGAUUUAAAGAUGGUUCCGGACGGUGGUGUAAUUUUCUGGUCUAGAUUCGAACCGAUACCUAAACGUAAUGUCACUCUCGAUAUAAAGGAUAAGGAGUUGUUAAAGUUGGAUCAAGCCAUUCAGUUUGUUCACCGACUCGGCAAGACUAUAGGCAGUGGCGUCGUCGAGGAGACUGCACGUCUCACCAGCGCCCAAGAGAAUGCACUGAUAGACUUGCUACUCGAGAAAGACGAAGGCGUGCUGGCACUGCAUCGUAAUUUCAACCAGUAUCCAUCGUUAUUUAAAUAUCAUGCUCUGAGAUAUCUCACUGCAAAAGGAAAGUUAAUCGAUAAGGAAGUCGUUCAACAACAACAACAAACUGUACAACAAACUACGCAACAAACAACAUCUGUAAAUCAACAGCAACAAGCUGCACAACAGCAAAAGCAACAACAAGCUGCACAACAGCAAAAACAACAACAAGAACUCUUGAAACAACAACAACAGCAACAGAAUCAAGAACAACAGAAAUCACCAACACAAGCACCCUCUCCACAUGAACUAACUAAUACCGUAUAG